GCACAUAUGUUCCACACCACCCGCCCAUGGGUCACUUGGGCCCUAUGCCCUGGCAGGUAUCCCGCUCCUCCACCGCCCCCGCACUGAUGUCCUUCCUCACCUGCUACCAUUUCGACAUGCACUGGGAGCACCACCGGUGGCCCUAUGCACCCUGGUGGCAACUGCCGGUGUGCAGAGACCUGGUCAGGCGGGCCACCGCUGCAUCCUCUGCCGUGUACGGCGGCGCAGGCGUCACGACCAACCCGCGGGACAUUGCUCGGGAUAAGAAGCAUCCGCAUAAGACACAGCACAGAAGGGAGGGUCUGGACCCCCCGGGAGCACCGCCAGGGGCUGCGGCAGCAGCUGCCGUGGUCGCAGCGCGCCGUUGCCGCCACGACGGCGUCAGGUGUGAUUGGCCCUGA